AUUGGGGAACUCAGAAACGAACCGAACCGCCAUCAUGGAGGUUCUCCGCAAAUUUUUACUGCUUUGUGCAGUACUAUUCAGUGUAAAUACCUUUACGGCUGCAGAGCCCGUAUACUCGAAUGCCAUCACCAAUGAGUUGAGUUUGGGUAACUUAUUGUUCGAUGCCAUCACUGGAGAUUUGAUUAUUCCUGGUCUUGACAUCUUGAACAAUCUUGAUCAAUGUGUCGCAAAUUAUGUCUCGAAAGAUUUUGAGAUCUUAAUCAGCGCUGGCGCCAAGAUACGUCGUUGCAGUAAUCUGAAACGGAAUGUCCUGCAAAACUAUUUGCAACAGAGCAGCUCGUCGGGUGUGAAGACCUCCUUCAACCAACAGUCGGCUGCCUGUAAUUCCCAUAGUUCCUGCUAUACCGAUCUGGUGAUGAACCUACUCGGCAGUGUGCAAAGCCUGGAAAAGAAUUAUGGACAAAUCCGUCAUUGCAUCCACAAGCAAAUUGAUAAAGCUGAAUUCCAUUUGAGAGUCGAGUACAUCAACUUGCAAAACUGUUUUUCUGGUAUAACAAACUUGAACGUUACAACCCCAGCACCGGGUACACCAGCCUGGAAUGUUACAAGCCCAGCACCCGGAACACCAAGUUGGAACUUUACCACUCCAGCACCAGGAACUCCAAGCUGGAACGUUACAACGCCAGCUCCUGGAACUCCAAGCUGGAACGUUACAACGCCAGCACCAGGAACACCAAGCUGGAAUGUCACAACCCCAGCACCCGGUACACCCAGCUGGAACGUUACAACCCCAGCACCGGGAACACCAAGCUGGAAUGAAACAACUCCCACCUGGAGCCCUCCAAUCUGGAAUAACACUACUCCCGGCUGGAACAACACCACCCCUGGCUGGAAUGAAACAACUCCUACCUGGAGCCCUCCAAUCUGGAAUAACACUACUCCCGGCUGGAACAACACCACCCCUGGCUGGAAUGAAACAACUCCCACCUGGAGCCCUCCAAUCUGGAAUAACACUACUCCCGGCUGGAACAACACCACCCCUGGUUGGAAUGAAACAACUCCCACCUGGAGCCCUCCAAUCUGGAAUAACACUACUCCCGGCUGGAACAACACCACCCCUGGCUGGAAUGAAACAACUCCCACCUGGAGCCCUCCAAUCUGGAAUAACACCACUCCCGGCUGGAACAACACCACCCCUGGCUGGAAUGAAACAACUCCCACCUGGAUCCCUCCAAUCUGGAAUAACACUACCCCCGGCUGGAACAACACCACCCCUGGCUGGAAUGAAACAACUCCCACCUGGAGCCCUCCAAUCUGGAAUAACACUACCCCCGGCUGGAACAACACCACCCCUGGCUGGAAUGAAACAACUCCCACCUGGAGCCCUCCAAUUUGGAAUAACACUACCCCUGGCUGGAACAACACCACCCCUGGUUGGAAUGAGACCACUACCACCUGGAGCCCUCCAAUCUGGAAUAACACCACUCCUUCUCCAAACUGGAAUGAAACUACCUGGAGUACACCAAGCUGGAACAACACCACACCUGGCUGGAAUAACACCACUCCAGGAUGGAAUAACACCACUCCUUCCCCAAACUGGAAUGAAACUACCUGGAGUACACCAAGCUGGAACAACACCACCCCUGGCUGGAAUAACACCACUCCAGGAUGGAAUAACACCACCCCUACUCCGAACUGGAAUGAGACAACCUGGAGUACACCAAGCUGGAACAACACCACUCCUGGCUGGAACAACACCACUCCUGGCUGGAAUAACACCACUCCUACCCCGAACUGGAAUGAAACUACUUGGAGCACACCAAUCUGGAAUAACACCACCCCUGGCUGGAAUAAUACCACUCCAGGAUGGAAUAACACCACUCCUACUCCGAACUGGAAUGAGACAACCUGGAGUACACCAAGCUGGAACAACACCACUCCUGGCUGGAAUAACACCACUCCUUCCCCAAACUGGAAUGAAACUACUUGGAGCACACCAAUCUGGAACAACACCACCCCCGGCUGGAAUAACACCACUCCUACUCCGAACUGGAAUGAAACAACCUGGAGCACACCAAUCUGGAAUAAUACCACUCCUGGCUGGAAUAAUACCACUCCCUCGCCGAACUGGAAUGAGACCACCGUUAGCUGGAAUACCACCACCCCCGCCUGGAAUCAGACAACUCUGAGCUCGAACACCACUACUCCAAGCUGGAGUACUACCACUGAGGUUCCACAGACUACAACCACACAGAGCUGGUGGGACAAGCUUUGGCAUGACAUCUUCUAAAUGAUGCCAUAAGCGCUGUGGCAACAGCAUUUUGAAACUCAGCACUGAGUUAACUAAGUAAUAAAUUGAUCAGCAUUAAAAUGUAUAUAGUAGAAUAAUCUUAAUUACGAGUAUGCCCAAGCGGGCCAAUGAAUGUCCAAUAAUAUGAUAAGUUAUCAGCUUCAAUUGCAAAGAA